AUGGUGAAGCAGCGCAUGAGCAGCGCUGAUGUGGCGGCUGAGGUGGCCUGCCUGCGGCAACGCAUCUUGGGACUUCGCGUAGCCAACAUCUACGAUUUGACGCCCAAGACAUACGUCAUCAAACUUGCUCGUAGCGGCGAGGACGGUGAGAAGGUGUACUUGCUUUUGGAGAGCGGAUCUAGAUUCCACACGACCAAGGUAGGUGAGAAAUCUUCAGACUUGCCGUCCAACUUCACGCUCAAGCUGCGGAAACAUUGCCGUACACGGCGUGUGGAGGCUGUACGGCAAUUGGGUGUGGACCGAUGCAUGGAACUGACCCUGGGUUCGGGUCCCGCGGCGGUCCACCUCAUUCUGGAGAUGUAUGCGCAGGGCAAUGUCGUACUCACGGACUACAAGUACGAGGUUCUCACUCUGCUGCGAUCCCAUCGCGAUGACGCCAAGGGCCUGGUCAUCAUGGCCCGCCACCCCUACCCCAUGUCGGCCAUGCGGCUAGCGAGCAAGGUGACGGGAAAGCAGCUGGACGAGGCGGCGGCGGCGGCGGCGGCGGCAGGGGGGGCCCAAGCAAAUUACAGAGCGCUGCUCUCCGCCGUACUGCCGUACGGACCCACUAUCGCGGAGCACGUGGCCAUGGAUGCGGGCUUCGAUCCCAACGCUGCCGUACCCUUGGAAGGGGAGGAAGUGGAGGAGGAGGGAGAAGGAGCUGCUACCGCCGCUACCGCCGCCGCCGCCGCCGCGGCUCCCCCCGGCGGCGGCGGCGCCCUCCCCGCCGAUGUACGGCGGUCGUUGCUGGCUGCAUUGGUCGCUGCCGGCGAGCUUGUGUUUGCGGAGUUCAGUCCGCUGCCGCUGCUGCCGUACAGCGGUCAGCCGUGCCUGGAGCUGUCCACGUUCGACGACGCGCUUGACGAGUUUUAUUCCAAGAUUGAAGGCCAGCGCGCGGGCAUUGCCCGGGCGGAUGCGGAGCGGGCGGCGCUGUCCAAAUUAGACAAAAUAAAGUUGGAUCAGGGCACUCGCGCCGAGGCCCUGCUCCGCCAAGCCGAAGAGUGCGAGCUCAAGGCCCAACUCAUCACGUACAACUUGGAGAUGGUGGAUGCCGUACUGCUGGCGGUGAAUCAAAUGCUGGCGACAGGCAUGGACUGGUCUGCCCUGGCGGACCUGGUCCGUAACGAGCGGAGGGCGGGCAACCCCGUGGCCGCGCUGAUCGCCUCCCUGGAGCUGGAGAACAACCGGGUUUCCGUACUGCUGGCAAACACACUGGACGACACGGGGGAGGAGGGGGAGGAGGAGGCCAUGACAAGGAAGGCGGUCAAGGUUGCAAGUGAAGAAUGUUUCCCGCAACACACACAGAGACACACACAGAGGCACACACACACACACAUACUCGUCUUCGUGGACCUGUCUCUAUCCGCCGCCGCCAACGCCUCCACCUACUUCGAGGCGCGGCGGCGUCACCUCGCUAAACAUGCCAAGACGCUGGCGGCGAAUGAGGCAGCCCUGGCGGCGGCCGAGAAGAAGGUGGAGGCGCAACUGAAGCAGGUUCGUGCCGCCCCGCCCGCUCUUCAACCUGUACGGAAGCCCAUGUGGUUCGAGCGCUUCCACUGGUUCAUAUCCAGCGAAAACUAUUUGGUGGUUUCGGGGCGAGAUGCGCAACAGAACGAGUUGCUGGUGAAGCGGUACUUCCGUAAGGGGGACGUGUACGUACAUGCGGAGCUACAUGGUACGACAAUAUGUGUACGGUGGCGUUCGGGUGGGCCCAUUCCCCCCCUCACCUUACAACAGGCGGGGUGUGCGUGUGUAUGUCGGUCACGUGCCUGGGACUCCAAACUUGUCACGAGUGCUUGGUGGGUCCACCACCAGCAGGUCUCCAAGACCGCCCCCACUGGGGAGUACCUGACCACGGGCUCCUUCAUGAUCCGCGGGAAGAAGAACUUCCUGCCCCCGCAGCCCCUGGUCAUGGGCUUCGGUUUCCUAUUCAAGCUAGACGACAGUAGCAUUCCCGCGCAUUUGGGGGAGCGAGCGGUGCGUGGGUUGGACCCGGACGGGAUGUCGGUGCUCGGCGGCGGCAGCGCGGUGCCGUACAGCGGCGGCGCCGGCGGCCGGGCCGGGGCGGCGGUGGCCGCGGCGGGUUCGGAACUUGCUGAGCAAGGUGGGUACGUCAGGUUUUUUUUCUUUGGUGGCUUCCCUUUGGCAGCAGCUGUAAUAGUAGCAGAGGCAGUAGCAGCAGGAUGGGGUCUUUAG